AUGCGUUCCUCUGAUGCUGCCAUAGAGAUCAUUCCGCCUGAAAGUGAAGGGAGAGUGCACCUCUCAGCGCUCCCAACGGCGUUUGCAUAUUCUAUGGUCAGAGGUGUGGAGACUGUGUCCGAAGAAAGGGGGAGCGACGAGGCUCCCCGGCAGCGCAGCGGCACUGACGAUAAUAAUGGAGAUAUGCAUGCACUCCGUCAUCAUUCUCUGGUAAAGACCGCAGUUUUGGGGGAAUGGAUCCAGUUAACACCCGAGGAACGGCAGAAGUGGACAAAAUUGAAUGAAGAGUCCUCAGAUGUACUCAAUAAGAAAGGGCUAAUGGCGGGCAGGCCACCAGCUGGACGCUCUCUGCACCGCAUCAAACUCCCUGGCUCAGCCCCAAGCUUCGUUCCAAGGGACAGACGAGCUCAACACCUUGAAGAGGAAAGUGAGCGGCAGGCAGACGAACUUCUGAAAAGGGGCAAGGUUCAGCCGUCGCCUAGCGUCUUUGGGCACAAUCCCGUGCUGGCGAAGAAAAAGGACGGUAGGUGGCGUAUGUGCAUCGACUUCAAGCCCCUCAACAAGAUUACAGCGAAGCAGAAUUUUCCGAUGCCCAGGGUGGAGGAAAUCCUUGACCGCUUACAGGGUUCGGCGGUAUACUCAGCAGUUGAGUUCGUCGUGGCCUUUUUGCAGAUCCCUAUUCACCCGGAGGACAGACACAAGACGGCGUUCCACACCCGCACUCGCAAGCCUGAGUACACUUGCAUGCCCUUUCGCCUCGUUAAUGCACCUGCCAAACUGCAGGGGCAAGUCAAUCACGACUUCCUGGGGACAAUCGCCGAGGGAUGGAUGGUGAUAUACAUUGAUGAUGUGCUUGUGUUCAGCCGAAAUGUGCACGAGCAGCUGCAGCACCUCGGGCGGGCGCUGCAACUAAUACGUGAGAAGCAGUGGUUUGUGCAAGCGCAGUUCGCCACACCAUGGGUUGGACCGUUUGCGGUCCGCUCUCGGGUCAACGCGUUGGCGUACAUCAUCGAUUUACCCUCAACGUGGAGAUGCCACCACAGUAUUAACGUUGGUUUCAUAAACAGUUUUGGGAAUCCCCGUGGUUUCCUCGCUAGAGUGCGAGGGAACCGCGUUUAUUCCCGAAACUGUUUUUUCAACGACCCCGCGGGCUUCUCCGCCUCGAGGACACAGAUAUUCUCGAGACGCGGAUUAACGCCCGCCGAGGCCAUGGGCGGGCGUUAA